UGUCAAUAAUAUUUUGUUGUGCGUCUUCAUUUUCAUUUCUGAUCAAACGUUUUGUAAGUUUGUUUAACGUCAGCUACAAAUUAACGAACUAGAAAUUGUUGUUUAUCAACAUGCCCAAGUAUUACUGCGAUUAUUGCGAUACAUAUUUGACACACGAUUCGCCGUCCGUGCGCAAAACCCAUUGCACGGGUCGCAAGCAUCGUGAUAAUGUGAAGUUCUACUAUCAAAAAUGGAUGGAGGAGCAGGCACAGCAUCUGAUCGAUGCCACCACUGCUGCAUUUAAGGCGGGCAAGAUUACAAACAACCCAUUCGCUGGACCUGCUCCUGGCAACAAGCCAGCCGGCGUUUCCAUACCACCACCCAACAUGGGAGCUCCGCCGCGUCCAGGCAUGCCCAACAUGCCGCCGUAUAUGCCACCCAUGAUGAAUCCACUGAUGGCACCCACAGGGAUACGUCCACCGCCAAUUCUCAAUCCGAUGGCCAUGAUGGGGCCGCCUCCACCGUUGGGAACGCUACCUCCACAAAUGAUAAAUGGACCAAAAUAAUAUAAAGCAUGAAAUAGUGGAUUUAAGUCAAUAAAUAGUUAAGAUCAGUUACAAAUACAUAAACCAUUUGUAAAAA